CCCCAAAAAAGCAAGAAGUGUCAAAUGAUACAUUACCUUAGUCCAAGGGCCUGAAAGAAACUUUUGUAUUUAUUACUUUGAAAACUGAAGCUAAAUUAUGUCAGCUACGCAACAGACUCCAUAAAUAGCUACAACUAGAGAAAACUCAGAUCUAUUAGAUUUAUAUCUAACGAUGACGAAUCAGUUCGAGAAUUUGAUCGAGUCGAUAAAGUCAAAGGUGAAGGCAUUGAAAAGGAAGAAAUCGAAGAAGGUGUACGUGAAGAUGGACAAGACUAACAGUGUUAGAGUUGAGAUCCGAAGUCGUCAUGCUCGUAAACUCAUCGAUAAAACUCUGAAAGCCGCUGAUAAACCUGGCAAGCGUCCUGUCUGAUUUGGAUUUUGAUUUUUCUCGUUUGUGUGUAUAAUUUCUUAUUCACCAGAUUAUCGUGAUGCGAUAAAUUAGAAGUUUUCAGUUCCUUCCAUUAA